AUGGCCGACUUAAUAUCAUUCCAAACAUACUAUCCCAGUGCUCUCCGUCGACCCUCGUCCACCAUGGUGCCGCGCCAUGCCCACAAACGCUCUCUGUCCUCGGACCCCCGGGCUCUGUCCCCGGACCGCAUGAUCCCCAAAGCUCGAUCGACCACUAACCUUGCCGACGCUGUGAAGCAGCAGCACUCAAACUAUGAAGAAAGCAAUUUCAACACCUUGCAAGAUCCGCGAUUGAUGCUUCCCACCGAGAUCUCACCGUCGACAUCCUCAUCACACCAUCCGGAUCUCAGUAAUGAGGUGGCCGCGCUCAGUGUGAAGCUCAUCCAAGCGAUUAACAACCAGACCACCCUCGACGAUAAUCUGGCCGCAACAAGGCAGCAGUUGGAGGUAGCACUGAGCAAGGUCAAGACACUGGAGUCAGAAAACGAAAAGUACCGCCGCGACUUAGCAGAGAGGAUCUACAUCAGGAAAGCAGAUGCAGACACUGAGCUCACGCGCAUGAGAAGUCUUCUGGCCGAGGAAACCGCCCAGCGGUCGACAGCAGAAAAGGCCAAGAAGACCAUCGAACAGGAGCUGGAAGCACUGACAGCCGACCUGUUCGAGGAAGCCAACAAGAUGGUUGCUGCCGCCAAGAUCGAGCGAGAGGCGGUCGAGAAGAAGAAUGAGCAAUUGCGCUCACAGAUCAAAGAUACGGAAAUGCUUCUCGCUUCGCAUCAAGAUCAGCUGGCUGAGCUCAAGUCUGUCAUGCAAGGGAUGAAUCUCACACAAGAGGAUAUCGAUGCCCGCACCCAUGUCUCGACGGCCCCUCCAUCGCCUGCCGCUCCCCCGCAUUGGGUCACGGCCGCGACGCCAGAUGCGACCACGGACUACGCUACAUCCACUUCGACUCACCAAGCGGAGUUGAAACCGGGUCCCACGUGCGAUUUCCCGGAUCGAAUUCGACUGGUCUGCCGAACUGAUCAACAGGCAUAUGAGGAAUUCAAAGAGUUACUCGCGCUUCCCCGGAACUCCAAACCACCCAGUCGUGCAGGAAGCGGGUCUUAUGCAGGAUUGAAUGUCAUGAGCUUAGCCAGUUUUGCGACUGGCGGCUCUACCUCGGCCACCUCCUCGCCUAUUAAAGGACUGCCGCAGUCACCCAAUGGGAGCCUGUCGUCACAGAACGGUCCACACGUCCCGCUCAAGGAUACCCGGUUUUACAAGCGUGUACUAAUGGAGGACAUCGAACCCACUCUGCGGCUUGAUCUUGCUCCGGGUAUCUCAUGGCUCACCCGUCGGACGGUUCUAAGUGGGAUCUGUGAAGGCAGCCUCAUCGUGGAACCGAUUCCAGCUGCAACGAAGAAGUUCGAAUUCCCUUGCUCCACGUGCGGUGAACGGAGGCAGAGCCCGGAAGCUGAACGCACUCAUCGCUUCAGAACCUCGGAUAGCGAGUCAGCUCAACGAUACUCUCUCUGUCUUGCGUGCUUGGACAGGGUUCGAUCUUGCUGCGAGUUCACCGGGUAUCUGCGCCUGAUCCUUGAUGGGCACUUACGUGCAGGUGACGCCGAGGAAGAAAAGGAAAUUUGGGAAGAAACUGUCCGUUUGCGGGAACGUAUGUUCUGGUCACGCAUCGCGGGCGGUGUUGUCCCUGUCAUACAUGACCCUGUCGAAGCCAAUCCGACCUUGGAACCUACCGUCAUAUCUCAAGAUCACUUGCAGUCUAAUGGCUCUUUUGGACACCCCAUCGACGGUCCCAACUCCGAGCUCAGGAUUGUCGACGUUUCUCCGCGGCCUGUCGAGGCCGCAAUACAAGAACAUGGCAACGCUAGGCCGGCGACGCCUGAGAUUACGUCCUCUGAGAGAGAGAGCAAUCUGGAAAAUGCGAGUUCUCCUCUUCAACGGCGCGACUCUGUCAGCACUGAUCAGAGUGUCUAUGAAGAAGCACCUGUGGAGCUCUCAGAUGUUCCUGAGCACCCUCCGCAAGAUGAGGUCUCAUCUGCACUAGAGACGGAAACUAGUGGCGACCAUGUCACCAGCUCAGGUGGCCCUAUCUCAAGUCCUCGCAUGCCGUCUCCAAGACAGGACGUCGAGCCCAUCGUCGGCGAGCCUAUCAUUCAUCCUCCGACUCCGCCUUCGGACAGUGAGAGCAGAGUGAAUGCCUGA